UUUACCCCAUGUCUCCAUAUUUUCUCUACUCAAAUUGAGAUCUGCUUCUUUGGGCAUCACCGGAGAUAAAAUAUAGCAAUGGCACGAAAAAUAUCUUUCAAAAGGAAAAAGUCCACCAAAUUGGUCAGGAUAGCUUGCAGAUUUUUAAGGACUCGUUUGGUGAGACGCAUGGGUAGGAGAAAGGUUACACACCAAUUGAUCGCUGACAACUCCACUCGCCGUGUUACCUUUCGGAAACGCAAAGAUGGUUUAUUGAAAAAGAUAAAUGAAUUGACUAUCCUAUGUGGUAUACCCGCUUGUGCCAUCAUUUACAGCGAGUACAAGGAUGGCCCUGAGGUAUGGCCAAACGUUAGCGAGGUUCGUUCUCUUCUUGACAGGUUAAGCGAGCUUCCAGUGGAGAAACAGACCAAAUACAUGAUGGACCAGAAGGAUCUCAUGAACAAGAUGAUCCACGAUGCAGAAAAGAAGUUGGAGAAAGAAAAAGCGUAUACUCGUGCGAUGAAACUUGGGAUAAUGGCUUCGACAAGUGAUCUAACCACCGAUACUGAUUGUUCGGAGGAACUGGCCAAAGCGGCUGAGGUGAUUGAUAAGAAGCUGAAAGUCAUCCAAGAGAGAAUCAAAGCUGUGGAAGCAGGAGCCCCCAUUAUCAAGAGAGAUUAGCCUUAUCAAAAUUUAUAAUCUUAUUAUCUUUUUCAAUUUCAUCGUUUUUAUAGUUUUUUCAUAUUAAGAUAUUUCGAUUAAUGGUGUUGACAUUUAUGUUCUAUGAUUUAUGCUUUGAGAAUUAUAUAAAUAUCUUUGGCCUUUUUGUGGUUUAA